AUUUACACACUGUAUACCAACUGUACAACCGGUGGUGGCCGAGUGGAUAUGACGUUCGACUUUCAAUCCGGAGGUCGCGGGUUCAAAUCCUGGCUCGUACCAAUGAGUUUUUCGGAAGUUAUGUACGAAAUGUCAUUUGAUACUCGUACUUACCACCAGCUUUUCGGUGAAGGAAAACAUCGUGAGGAAACCUGCAUACAUCUGCGAAGAAAUUCAAAGGUGUAUGUGAAGUCCCCAAUCCGCAUUGGGCUAGCGUGGGAACUAUAGCCCGAGCCCUCUCGCGCAUGAGAGGAGGCCUGUGCCCAGCAGUGGGACGUAUAUAGGCUGAAUUAUUAUUAUUUAUACCAACUGUACACGCAGUGGCGAAUGCUGCUUAUCGAACAAAAAAGAGGAGAUAUAUUUUGUCUUUAGUCACGUAGGUAGUAUUAUAAGAGGAAUAUCAAGCAACACACGUUAAACUUGUCAAUGUCAGAACAUGACAUAAUCUAGCCAAACAUGAAUUUCUACCAAGAUUAAUGUUUUUGUUGAAUUUUAUUCGGUUCCAAGAUCAAAUCAUGACGAUAGUAGACAUAAAUAUUACUAGUAACUAACUUAUCCAAUGCACGCGAUGACUGGUGAAAAACGUUGGUACACCGCAAAAAAUGCCUUGCUUUGGCAGCUUCCCGAAAAUAAACCUAAAUUUAGAUUUAAAAUCACAUAAAAAUCAUUUUUCAAUGAAGAAAUUAAGGAAAUCUCUUUGCAAGAAGAUAUCUUUUUCUAUGGAAUCAACGGAUAGAUCAGAAUAUAAAAGGCACCAGAGAUGCAUAGAGAAACUUAAGAACGAACAAUGCAGACGACAAAAGCAACUUUGUGACCUAAAGAGAGCUGCAACUUCUUCUCGACCUUCGUCUGAUAACAUUAACCCCGACUGUACGCCUCCAUAUAACAGAGCUAAUACUUGCAUUCAGGUUACCAGUGCUACUUGUGAUCAACCUUCGUGCCCCGCGCUUACCCCUUAUCCUUGUACGGAUCAAACUGUAUGUACCCCUUCUCCUUGCAUGGAGCAACCUGUAUGUACCCCUUUGCCUUGCAUGGAGCCACCUGUAUGUACCCAUUCUCCUUGCAUGAAGCAACCUGAAUGUACCCCUUAUUCUUGCACGGAACGACCCGCAUGUCGACCUUAUCCUUGUAAGGAGAAACCUGUAUGCACCCUUUAUCCUUGCAGGGAGCAACCCCCAUGUACCACUUACCCUUGCCCGGAGCAACCUGUCUGUACCCCUUAUCCUUGCAUGGAGCAACCUGCAUGUACCCUUUAUCCUCGCAGGGAGCAACCUGUAUGUUCUCCUUAUUCUUGCAAAGAGCAUCCUGCAUGUACCGCUUAUCCUUGCACGGAACAAUGUGUCGCUACCCCUUAUUCUUGUAUAGAACAACCUGCAUGUCCCCCUAAUCCUUGCACACAACCUAAAUGUGCCCCUAGUUCUUACAUGCACCAGUCUACAUGUACUCUUCCUUCUUGCCCUUCCCGUACUACUUCAAUUUGCAAGGCGUCCAAGAUAAGUAUGAAAAAAUUUAAAUUAAAAAAACGUAGGUCUUCGUCAUGCAGAGUCACACCUACUCGUUCUGGCCAAAGCAUAUCCCCCGACUGUGGUUCUCCUUGCAAGGAGCAAUCUGUAGGUGCCCCUUGUCCUUACAUGGACCAAUCUACAUGUACUCUUCCUUCGUGCCCUUCCCGUACUCCUUCAUGCAAGGUCCCCAAAAGAAAACGUAGAUCUUCGUCAAAGAGAGUCACACCUACCCGUUCUUGCGAAAGCAUAUCCCCCGACUGUAAUUAUCCUAGCAGGAAGCAAUCUGCAUGUACUCUUUCUCCUUGCGAUUCCCGUACUUCAAUUAGCAAGGGCUCCAAGAAAAAACGUAAAACUAGUCGUUCUUGCGAGAGCAUGUGUUCCGAAUGUGGUGGCCCUAUGUGUACAGGUAGAGAAGACUGCUGUUGUAGUGAUUGUAUCAAAUGGAAACCACCUAAGAAGUACAGGCGGCCUCGUAAACGAUCUUGCUCAAAAGAUAAACGGCGAAGAUGCUGCAAAUGCCGCAGAAGAAAACGACGAAAGCUCAAGAGAUGGAGAAGGAGGAGGUGCCGUCAACCACGGAACUUAUGCUUUCGAUGCUUUAUUUGCUGUAUUUUAUUUGGGACAGUCGUGGCGUGUAUAUUGACUUUCAUCCCAAUAUUUGCUGGAACCCAGUGAUGAGUAAAACAAGUGCACAUUUGAUUUCAUUAUGUAAAAUUUGUAACUUCAAAAAUAAAAUUCACUAAGAUACUAA